AUGGCCGGCCGGGACAGCGUGCAGAUCCCGGACGACCGGGAUUUCGGGCAGUUCCGCACGGAGUGCGACUCCCCGGACGGCUGGACGCUGACCUACAGCAAGGCCGGCCUGGGGGUGUGGGUGCACGUCCUCGAGGCCGACAAGGCGCUGCACAAAAUCAAGUGCAGGAUGGACUGCAAGGACGUGGCGGCAGAGACCCUCUACGAUGUGCUGCAUGACAUCGAGUACAGGAAAAAGUGGGACACCAACGUCAUCGAGACCUUUGACAUUGGCAAGCUGACGGUCAACGCAGACGUGGGAUACUACUCCUGGAAGUGUCCGAAGCCCUUGAAGAACCGGGACGUGAUCACGCUGCGCUCCUGGCUGCCCAUGGGCAGCGACUAUAUCAUCAUGAACUACUCCGUCAAGCACCCCAAAUACCCUCCCAGGAAAGAUAUGGUGAGAGCCGUCUCCAUUCAGACCGGCUACCUAAUCCAAGGGAAAGGACCCAGCAACUGCAGCAUCACCUACCUGGCUCAGGUAGACCCCAAAGGUUCUUUGCCGAAGUGGGUAGUGAAUAAAUCCUCGCAGUUCCUGGCUCCGAAGGCCAUGAAGAAGAUGUACAAGGCUUGCUUAAAGUAUCCGGACUGGAAGCAGAAGCACAACCCCCACUUCAAGCCGUGGAUCUACCCGGAGCAGAGCACCCUGCCCACCGUGGGGCUGGCGGAGCUGUCCAUCCAGCACGCCGACUCCCUCGAGAACAUCGACGAGAGCAGCUUAUCCGAGACCAAAGACGACCGGGCAGAAGGCAGCGACGAAGACAGCGUCAACUGAGUGGGG